AUGACCAACAAAGAAGAGCCAAAGGCGCCUGACGGCUCCAGCUUUGACUUGGGCGCCAUCAGAGACAUCAUCGAGAAUGACUCGUACCUCAAGGGUGUCAAGAACACCGAUGUGGACUGGUUCCUCAGAGAGUCCACCGUGACCAUGCCCCUGUCAGACAGCCUCGCCAGUAUCAGCGAGAAGCCCAAGGCCAAGCCUGUGCACAACUCGAACUCGUUGGUGUCCACCACCCACUUGAACACGGGAAUCUCCAACUCCAACGAACACAACAUCUCCAAGUCAAAACCGUCAGAGCCCACAGUUCUCUCCGAAAACAUUGCGUCGUCUCCACCCGCUACCCCGGUGGAAACUGUCGGCUCCGAGUUCUCCAGAAGAAGAAAAAGCAGUGUGUCCAGUAUGGGCAGUGCUGGCAGCACAGGAGGCUUUUUCUCGAAGUUGAAGGGCAAGCUUGGCCACAAGCCUGAACCCAUACCAAAGCAAUCUUUAUUCAAGGACAACUAUGACAUAUCAUCAAAUGGUCCCGCUUCCACGGGUACAAACCGAACCAGUUACGAUCAAGAAUCGCAGGCUCCCAAUCUACAGACCACCUUGCACAGAACCAUGUCCACACCCAACUCCGCGAGAGACUGUGCCGAUCCAAGGUUGAACGACUACAUCAAGUUCUAUAAGCAACAACCAAUGAGAAGAAGAUCCUCUGUUUCUAGGGCUUCUUUGCAGGGAGAGCUUCCUAGUGCUUUGAUCAACGGAAUUGAAAACCCAACCUACAAUAAGCCAGCUUCCCCAGAACCAGCAGCCUCGAGCAAGUUCUCAUCCUUCUUAAGAAAGAGAUCGACAACUAUCUUCAAGGAAUUGAAACCAUUGAAAAGAGUCGCAUUUCAUUCGUCCACGUUCCUCAUAGAUCCACCCCAGCAAAUCCCUUCCAGAAACCCAAGAAAAGGGAAUGUGGAAGUAUUGCCUGGAGGAGUGAUCAAAGUUAACCCGUUAUCUGAGGAAGAUAAAUUGGCCAUUGAAAAAUCCCAAAUGGGUCAUGGGGGAGGAAUUGUUGUUGGUGGCUCUUACUCUUUGGGUUCCAAAGAAGUAGAUUCAAGUGUGAAAACUCAAACUCCUCAUCCGUCCACCACAGAGAACAACUCAGCCGAAGAUCCAGUUGUUGAUAAACAUGCAAAACUGUUGGGAAUCGAUAAACCAAUGAUUUCUCAUUCCAACCAUCAUUCCACCACUCAGGUAAAGAAAAUGGCCUUGGAUCUCAUGUACACAAGAUGCUGUCAUCUCAGAGAAAUCUUACCAAUUCCUGCGAUGCUCAAACAGAUUCCAAAGGGGUCGAUGGCACCAUUACCGAUCUUGCAAUUGAGAAACCCAACCCCAACCUUGGUUGAAAUCCAAACAUUUGCUGAUUUCAUCAGAAUCGCCCCAAUCAUAUGUGUGUCAUUAGAUGGAGUCAGUCUCACAUUCCAGAUGUUUAAAAUCGUGCUUUCGGCAAUGAGUGCCAAAACCCAGCUCCUUAAAUUGAGUUUGCGUAACACUCCAAUUGAUAAUGAUGGUUGGUCACUUUUGUGUUGGUUCCUAUCUCGUAAUAAGACGCUCGACAAAUUGGAUAUUACCCAAUGUCCUUCAUUAUCGGUUAAUGUUUUGAAAAAGAAGAAAAAGAAGGGUAAUGAAAAAACUGACGAAGAGCAAAGAAUGACUUGCAACAAGGACAACCGUUCCGAUAUGGAUUGGUCUUUGUUAGUCGCCACUUUGGUUGCCCGUGGGGGUAUAGGCGAAUUGAUUUUGACAGGUUGUUGUAUAAAUGAUCUUGAUGUGUUUGAGAAUUUGAUUAAGUUGGCAGUACUGAUCAAGACAAUUAGAUUAGGAUUGGCCUACAAUCAAUUGAACCCCAAGCACUUCAAAAUCGUGGUUCACAAUUGGUUGUUCGAGAAGUUUGCUGCUGGGUUGGAUUUGGGGUACAACGAUUUCCUGUCCAACUGCAUGAACAAGAUCUUGUUGGAUUAUUCUAAAACACCGACAUUUGAGGCCAAAUUAGCCAAGUCCUCACUUGCAUUUAUCAGUUUGAACUCAACAAACUUAUUGUUCACUGAUUCUUUCAAACAAGUCGUAGAAACAAUUUUCUUGAGACUACCAAACUUGAAGUAUCUAGACUUCUCCAACAACCAAAGAUUAUUUGGAACUUUAAACCAUAACUUAUCUAGUGAUGGAUCAACAACAACCACUUCCUCGUUAUCUUCGUCAUUGACUGACGCUGACUCGGACCCCUUAUCUGAAAAGAGUACAUCAAGAACUAACUCAGAUUCCCUUUCAGAAGAAUCCAUCACCGCGUAUUUCACAUCAAAAUUACCAAUGUUUCCAAAGCUUGUUAGAUUACAUCUCGAGAAUAAUAACUUUAGUGAUGACUCCAUAUCAUCCAUUGCAAAGGUUCUUCCGUUUUGCAAGUAUUUGGGGUACUUUUCUUUGUCAGGUAACAAAUUGGAUUACUCUUCAUUAUCUUCAUUAAUUCAAGCAAUUAAGAACUCCAAGAGUAUAAUAACACUUGACUGUGACUUGGAUGGAUUUCCUGAUUAUUUCAAGGAAAAGAUUGGUCUUUACACCAUGAGAAAUAUGGAGAAGUUAUUGUACAAGAAGGAGGAUUCUCUUGACGAGGCCGUAUUUGAUUCAGAGUCUCUUACGGAGCAAUUAAACAUUAUCUUGGAUAUGAAAUCGAAACAGAAAUUGGACUUGAAAUCUACGGAAGUGGUAACAUUCAUCAAUAGAGCCAAGAAUAUCAGAAAUGAACUCAAAGUUGCAAUUGAUGAACUAUUGAAACUUCAGUUGAAAAGUGAGCUUAAUUUGGAAGGAAAGGAGACCUUGAUUAAGUUUAUAUUCAUAGAUUCUUCCAUCGAGAAGGGUUUGCAAUUGAUAGAUAAUUCAUUAGUGGAAACCAAUUCUGAACUUAUACCUAGCGUCAUAGUUUCAGCAGAGGAUGAAAAGAACAAAUAUAGCUUGAUUCAAGAAAAGAACAAUCAAAUCACCGAGGCUGCCACGGGGUUGGACUUGCCCCAUAAUGGUGGGAUCCCAUCCAGUAUCUCGCCCUUGAACAUGUCCAGGUCAAACUCAAGAUCCAACUUGCAAUAUUUGAACAGAGAAGAGGGUUCUAUGUUGAAGUUAUCGAGGCUUCAUGAUUACCAUAUUCCCAAUUCUGAUUCUGCCGAUUUCUUCGAAUCGUUGGUCGGUUUAUCAGGAGAAGAAAUCAGAGAAAAAUUGAUGAGUGUUGAUUUCAGUGAUUUGGACAAGAUAAUAGAAUAUCUUGAGCAGUUAAAGACCAAAGGUAUAACUCUAGAAGCGGUUUUUAACCUGACGGAGCAACAGCAACAGGAACAAGAACAGGAUCCAUUUACUGACGGUACGAUUAACGAUGCUUACGAUCAGGUUUUGAAUAUCCUUGCCAAGAAG